GUGUGUUUACUUGUCCUGCUUUUCCUUCCCCUUUCACCGUGACCGAAAACAACGCUGCUGUACUGUCACUCUCUGUUAUUGCUGUCACAUGGGCGAUUUGGUGGAUGCUCAGGCGUUCAUGUUACUAUUUUUGCUUCAGCUAUUGAUGGUGUUUGUCGUGGGGAACUUCUACAGCGACAGAGAUUUGAAUGAGAGCGCACAAACGCUGUGUUCUUUUUCAAUUGAUUUUUGUACGUUUCCUUCUUCCAAAUCAUCCCUUCUUUGAAUACCAGUACUUCCUCAUUAUUUCUGAAGCGCUUUUUCUUAAAAAAUGGGUGUUAGAUCUUCCGAAUCCACGCCGCGGCUUGAUGGUCCUGACGGCGAUGGGGUAUUUACUUUACAUCUAGGUCGCGAUGAAAACAGAAUUACGCGUUCGGCUAUAGCUGAACUCCAUCGCGCACUUGACCAAAUCGAACGGAGUACUGGUCCGGCGGCUUGCGUUCUCUGCAGCAGUGGAAAAUUCUUCUGCAACGGCCUUAGCAUAACCGAGUUAUCAUCCGAAUCUGAAGAAUUCCUUAGAAGUUUUCAACAAUUGCUAAAAAGGCUACUUGGGUUCCCUGUUCCCCUUGUGGCAGCAAUCAACGGCCACGCGUUUGGAGGUGGAGCCAUGCUGGCCUGCGUCUGCGACUACCGCGUGAUGAGGAAAGACCACGGGUUUCUUUGCGUCAAUGAAGUCCUCAUUGGCCUGCCGUUGACACCAGGCAUGUGCGCGGUCAUUCAGUCUAAAAUUGACAGAAGCCUGUGGACGUCAACAAUGCUGCGAGGACAACGCUGGACGGGUACUGAGGCAUUAGCCGCCCGCAUCGUCGACAAUGUGGCAGUUGGAGACGCUGAAGUACUGAAGACUGCAAGGAGGUUGGCAGCGUCGGUUGCAGCGUUUGGGGAAAAUCGUGUCGUCUACGGUUCCAUAAAACGUGAAAUUUACGCAAGGGAACUGAGGGCCCUUGAUGAAGGAAACGGAUCGGCUGCUGAAUUUAUCGAACAGAUGAAGGGAAAUGCUCCGGCAGCAACGCCCAAGUUGUGAACGACUGCGAGGCUUUUACACCCAACAGUUUACUUCUUUGCCGAAAAGCUUGACGCUACAGCGCGAGGGCUUUGGCAUCCUUCAAUUGUAUGGGCUGACACACAGAGCACGACGGGGUCCCAGAUGAUCGUCAUUUUACCUUUCAGAACGGGCGGCAAUGAGUGAGACGAGUGUUGAUGCUCAAGGAUUUGUGGUGAAUAAGAACAACCGGAAGUGCCUUCAUAGUUACGCAGAUCGCAGGAAGUUUUCGAACUUCUCCACUGAGUUCUAGGUCUGGUUAUGGUGUUCGAUGGCUCAGCAAGUUGUGCGAUUCCUGACCAAAAAGCUGCAGAGUGUGUGAUCGGGAAGCCCGGCAUUGCUGUGUAUGUCGGAACUGUGGGGGAGGUGGGUAGAUACAAGGGCCGUCUUUGUGUCAAAGAAGGAUUACUAGCGCGCCCAGCCGAGCAAAAACGUGCAUUUUGUGGCAGUUUCUCCUACGUCCGGCGUCCGUCAUAUUUGUGGGCAUGUAUGCAAAUGGCAGUCACACGUGUAGACUUGCUCUCGAGUCAUGGUCGUACUCCCUGAAGGGAUCUUACUCAUUUGUAAGCUGUCUGUAUUCAAGUGUCAUGAGCUGUUUAGAGCUUAGAGUUUUACAGCAAACGCGUUUGGCUUCAGUAUUGACAGUUGCGACACGGCACCUCUGUCGAAGAAUGUAACGCGGUCCGCCUGUGACCGUUACCUGUACCUAGGUCGACUAUCCUCUGUCGGUGAACUUGUCUGCCACCUUUUCUAUUUCAUUAGUGUCUUACUCCAGAAAUGCGUCCUCGAAAUGAUUUGCCCAAGACGGUAGUGACCUCGGACAUUUUUCAUCAUUUUUUAGGCCAGUGUGGGACUCUUGACUGCCCUGGACUGGACGAGUAAUGUUGUUGCGCGGUUUCACUGCGAGGAGGCGAUAGCGGACCCACCGUAUUGUUUUGGAUUGUACUCCCCGUAGCGUCGUAGUCACUCGGACAAUUAAAGACUUGUGGCAGAACCUCUUCUGUGUGGUGGCAUUUGUGAUGCUACGUAGCCUCCCGCAGUUUCGCUCGCUUUGUAUAGAAUGUACGGAUGUGAGCGCGGCUGAACUGAUGCACCCGGACAUCCUUAUCUUCGAGACGAGUAAGUUAGGACUGCAUACUGGAGUGAGACAACGGAUCCAUGCCAGAGGGCACGACAUCGAUACGUUUCUAUGUUUGAGGAGAUGGCAUUUUUUAAAUUUGCACGCAUCCGUUCUGUAAGGUACUACCUCUCUUGUAAUAUAAGCACGGAACAAGAGCCAGUGUGAGGAUACCGAACAUGUGAGGUUCGAGUAUGAGUGUGCAAUCACGUCGGAUGCAUGGAGUAUUAUUCUGAGGGUUGUUGUCUAAGGCAAACUGGUGUGCUUGUAGUUUUCGAAGGUUACACAGGGCGAUGCAUCUCCAGUCAAGUAGAAUAUGUAUUGGUACAUAUGCAUGCUUGUCGACGCACAGAUGCAUAAUGAUCGCAUAUGGACAGAUAUGAAA